GACUAAAACUCUUGAGCAUUUUAGUCUAGUUUUAGUCAAUGGUUUUAAUCUCUUUUUAGUAAUGUAAUCCUGUUUACAUCACAAACUGUUCCAGUUAAUAUAGUAUAAUUACCUAGUAUAGUAUAGAACAGAUAAAACCAAUUUUUUCUUUUAGUCGAGUGGUUCUCAACUGGUCUCACUCUGGGACCCACACUUUUCGAUGGUCCUUAAGUCGAGACCCACUUUUAUAGAAAACCUUUUAAGACUCAAAUCUUAAACACAAAUACACCAGUUUUAUUGGCCCUCAUUUAUCAAGCUUGCGCAGAUCUGAGUGCAGGAUUCAUCGUACGAUAGGACACUCGUGAGAUUUAUGAAAGGGUUCGUAUCUGACCAAUCCCAGCGUACGUGGUGGAAACUAACACGGAUUUUCUCUUUGAAAGCAUCAAAACUGGAAUGAAAGCAGUCCAGAGAACUCCUGUCUGGAGCAGGAUUAUGGUGGCGCUGAACAGCGCUGCCGUGGAAUAGCGGACAGUGGCUGAAGUUUAAUUAAAUAAUUAAUCAAUAAGUUGCUCAUGAUGAUAAAUUGAUAUCUCAUACAUGCCUCAUAUUUGUUUAUUGCCAUGACAUAGGGUACGCUGCUCCUAUUACUGAAAGUAUUUAGUUUUAAUUUGUUGCCUCUUUGUGAUGUAGAGCAGACUGGAGAGUCUGACAGAGGCUGAACAAAAAUAAUUAUUAACCUCACCAAACAGUGUGUCGCUGCCCCUGAGGCACAUUUUUAUGGAUUUCUAUUGGAUUUUUAUCACUAAUUAAAUAGCAAGAGCACUUUCUAAACUUCUACUUCACAUGUCAGAAUCCAUCAAUAAGGUCCCGUCUCUUCAGUACAGCACCUUUGAGGAGUCUCUCCUCAUUAUUGUUCUCCGGGCAUCGGGUCCUCACGUUGCACCGGCACAGCCAACGGCGCUCCAUUCGCCACUGCAACAUUGUGCAAAACUGAACUGGCUCAAAUGAUGUCCCACACCCUUUCAGGAGUGUACAACAACGUCCCCACUGCUGGGCCAAGACAGAGACACCUGCCUUUUAGGAGUCAAACGCAGCGCUCCACCGUGGUGUGAGUGAUCAAAUAGGCCUGUUCACUAAGGAUAUAACAACUUUAUUUUGUUAAAUGUAAUUUAUGUCUUAACCUUUAUGAAAUCUGGCUGAUUGUGCUUAAUGACAGGUUUGAGGUUUGUAUAUCAAUGAUUAUGAGACAGACAUUUGCUGCACCGCAGAUGCACUGCAGAUCUGACUCAAACUUGCGUACACAAUGUCAGACCUGUCGUGAGAUUUGGUCGUAGCGCACGCUCACGUGCAGAUUGAUAAAUGCCGAUCAUCACGUCAAAAUUUUCGUACGCAAGGUGUAACCUACACAAGUUUUCUGCAAUACGCAAGCUUGAUAAAUGAGGGCCAUUGAGUACAGUGCAUUUCAGAGCAGAUGAACUGAGGACGACAACUUCUAAAGUUGCAUAUACAGAAAAUAUCAAAUAAAUAUCAAAUUACACAAAAAUAAGCUAUUUUUCAAAAUAAAAAGACAUGACAAACAUCAGAUGCACAUUAAAUAUUAACUUUUUUGACCAGCUGUUUCCGACCCAUCCAGAACAUGUCUGCGACCCACUUUUGGGUCGGGACCCACCAGUUGAGAACCACUGUUUUGGUCAAACCCAUUUCACAAAUCAAACAUGGUUAUCUUAUUAUCACAUUAUUGUUACCUUACAGACUCAAGAAAACAUCCAUUCAGACGUGGAAGAUGAUCUGAACAGACUGCUCACACACAAGUUAGACACACACACGCGCUAAGCUGGACACACGCUACACACGCGCGCUACACACACGCACGCGCACACACGCUAGUCUGGACAGUGUAAAAUAGAAAGUGUCGUUAUAUCAGUGUCUUAACUUACCUCGACUUCAGCAUCGAAGAGCUUCAGAUGUCUGUUUUGAUUCCUGCUGUUUUUCCCGGGUUUUUUACGGUCGCAUUUCACUCUUUUUCUUCUCCACGACACAUUCCGUUUGGUUUUUCCACUUGUUUGUAGCUCAAGUGUGUCCAGAUAUUAUUUCUUAUUUUUGUCCCCGACAACCUCGCCAUGACUCCAACUCUCCCAAAACCGUCUUUGCCCACCGCAUCCAAAAAUACCGCGAAUUAGGGGAUUGAGGAAGUGACGUCACCUGCGUCUGAGCAGGGCGACGUCACAUCAAUAAUGUUGCAUUAUAUAUUAAUUAAUCCUUAUCGUCACAAGACCACCAUUUACGUUUCGUCUCGUUUUCGUCACGUUAUAAAGAUUCGUUGAUGACGAUAUUUCGUCAUAAUUUUCGUUGAUGAAAGCAGCACUACAUUUAUGUUACAAUGUCCAUACAGUAAACCGACGUCCUCGUCUUCAGAUUCACUCGUCCUGUUUGAAAAGAAAAAUAGUUCAAUGACGAAAGACUGAAGUAAUUAAAAAUAAAAAAAUGAAACAUUAAAUUUAAUAAAUAAAUUUUUAAAAAAUUAAAACCUGAUGAAACUCGUAACAGAACUGAAAUCCAAAAGUCAAAAUCAGAGGAAGAUCAGUUAUUAAUGUUUGAUGAGUUCAGACCGUUCAACAACAGUCUGCAGAUAUGAUGGAGAGUCUACAGACACGGAUGAUGUUUCUGCUCAGCUGGUCUUCAUGGAGGUUCAUGAUCACUGGAAACACAUCAGCUCCCUCAGGCUUUGACAUUUCUGUUUUUUAACAUACUGGGUUAUUUUCUGUGUUUGAAGCUUCUCGAUCUCUCAGCUCUACAUCAACACUGACUAAAUUAAAUGGACUCAUACUUGACUGUCAAGAUCUGUUCAUGAAUCUAGUCUUCCCUGUUUUUGGUUAUCUGAGUUUAUUUUUGAUGUGAGUGUCUUUUGUUGGAUUUUUGUUGGACAUUUUUGGAAGAAAAUUUUAUUUUUAAAUUAAUAAUUUUUUAUUUUAAUGUUGACAAAAUAAAAUAGGAAGCACAGGGAAUCACCUAUUACAAAAUAAAAUAGGAAACACAAGAAAUCAACUACUACAAAAUAAAACAGGAAAUGCAAGGAAUCAACUACUACAAAAUAAAACAGGAAACACAAGAAAUCAACGACUACAAAAUAAAACAGGAAAUACAAAGAAUCAACUAUUACAAAAUAAAACAGGAAACACAAUGAAUAAACUAUUACAAAAUAAAACAGGAAACACAAGAAAUCAAUGACUACAAAAUGAAACAGGAAACACAAGGAAUCAACUACUACAAAAUAAAACAGGAAAUACACAAGGAAUGAUCUCCUCUAAAGUAAAACAGAAAACACAAAGAAUCAAUUCCUAAAAAAAAAAACACAAGGAAUCAUCUCCUCCAAAAUAAAACAGCAAGCACAAAGAAUCAACUCCUACAAAAUAAAACACAAGGAAUCAAUGACUACAAAAUAAAACAGGAAAUACAAGGAAUCAACUCCUACAAAACAAGACAGGACACAAAAAAUCAAUGACUACAAAAUAAAACACAAGGAAUUAGCUACUACAAAAUAAAACAGGAAACACUGAAAACUGAUAUCAAGAAUAAAACACAGAGAACAUGAGGGAGACAGGGUUAGACACAAACAGAAAACUCACAAGACUGGACCACAGGGGAACUGGACUACAGGGGAACAGGACUACAGGGGAACAUGAACACCAGGAAGAAACACACUGAAAAUGAACUCAGAUAACCAAAACUUGGGGGAAACUAAAUACCAGAACAUGUUAUGACACUUGACAGUGAGUUAGUUUGUGUGUUUUACUCCAAAGAGAAAGAUCAUCUCCACAGAGUGCUCAGAGACUGUAGUCCAAUGUUUCCAUAACAAGAACUUGAUAAGAAGCAGUUCAAGUUCAGUGUUACAGCUCCUUAUCAAAGGUCAGAGGUCACCACUCCACAGUUUCUCUUCUGUACCUCUGAAUAAGCAUUUUAACUGAUUAUGCAACAAAUGCUUUUUAACUUUAGCAAGCAGUGACAGGAAGUUCAGAGAGAGUUUGAAAUCAUCCAACGGGCUGGUUCAGAGUAAGCGCUAACGUUUGUAGAAAACCAUGAUAGAGUGAAUCGGUUAGGAGCCUCCCGGAAAAGACAAGAAACUCUUAUAAAAAAUAAGACAAGAAACUCUAAUUAAAAGUAAGACGUUGACAUUUGCAGAGCACUUCAUCCUCUGCAAAUUCAGAUUCACCGAGGAGACUUUCUAAAGACCUGAGAGUAUGGAGACACUGAAAUUACAGUAAAUUACUGUGUAAGUGAUAUAUGAUGGUAUCAAUGUUCAGGUCUACUUGUACUGAAUAAAGAGUGGGUGACGGGACCUGAAAGUCUCUGUUUAAUCUCAGCAUGUUGGUUUCCCCUCUGCAGUGAUUUUUCAGAGAUCUUUAUGGAACCAGUUGCCUUUGUCCCUCCACACACACGUAUAGCAUGGACUUUGGAGCUGAGACGGUACAGUAUGUAAUCACCACCUACCUUACAUUCACAGCAGCCUUGGUAUAAAAGGCCAGCAAGGAGCUGAAGGCCUUAGUCUCAUCUGAGUGCUCUCCAAAGGACCAGGAUGGGGGACUCAAAGCUCUCUCUCUCCUUGCUUCUAACUGCUCUAACUCUGACCUGUGAGUAUUGUGUCGUUAAUACUAACUACCUCUGAAUUCAUCUUUCAACACGUGUUGCUUUUGAUUGACGAAGACUUAGAUUUUAAAGUGUUGGUCUGCUCUGACUGCCGUUACAGAUGCCCAGGUGGAGCAGUCAACAUGCUUGAGUAAGUUCCAGCACUUCCUAGUUUGGUAAUAUAACCUAAAUGACAACCUUAAUAUCUGUGCAGCUCUUUAGAAGGAUGUACAUAACAGUUAAAUGACAUAUGCAAGAAUGUAAGGGUUGAAUUUUCACUGAGGUUAUAUUUUAAUUAUACAGAAGAAUUCCCCACAGAUUCUUCAUCAAGUUACACUCACAGAACCUAAAGUAGAAACACUAUCUUCUCUGCCAGUGAACCCAAGAUACAAGGCCUACCACAAGUAUGAGUACCUGUAUGAAGCUGAGUCUCUGAACGCCAUCAAUGGAGCCUCAAACCUUCAGAAUGGACCCAAGGCAACUUGCAAGGUACCCGGUCAGAUAAAUCCUGAAAAAAAAGGAGGUACUAUUGUUCCUUUUGACCACAUGUUGAGAGUUAAACGCUUCCUCAUCUGAAAAAACAGGUCGAAAUUGAAGUUCCUCAGAGUUGCAGUUACAUAGUGCGCACCACUGGCUGUAGCCUGAGUGAGGUGGUCAACAUGGACGCAGAGGGCAACGCUGUGUUCGGUCCCGCUGCUGGCUCUGAUGCCUUUGCUGCUGAAAUGGAGAAGUAUGUUCCUUCAGUGUGUUUUCAAUAAGUGCUCAAAUCCAGGGGCUGAAAACCGCCUUUGUUUCAGGAUGAAAUGAUCACUUCUCCAAUCUCCUGCAGAUAUCCUCUGAAGGUUGUGGUGGAGGGUGCAUACGAUGUGAAACUGUACCCUGAGGACGGUGAGACAACAAACAUCCUGAACAUUAAGAGAGGUAUCAUCUCCGCCCUGGCUGUGCCUCUGGUGGAAGAGGAGAAGAACAAGAUCAUGGUACAUUCAUUUACACAGAAAGGGAUACUACCUAGUCCUAUUUUUAGACCUUUUGUGGGCUCACCCCCAACCUUAACCAUGAUUUGUGCUUUAAACACAAGUGUCUAAUUAUCACUUACAGCCCACUAUCCAUGGCAAGUGCAAGACUUUUUACACCGUCAAUGCCAGAGAAGACAUCGCAACUGACAUCAGCCUCUCCAGGGAUCUGUCCGGAUGUGCAAACUUUGUCCCAAUCCGAACCCACACCAACCCCUUGGCACUUCUCCCCAGCAUGGUAAGACCUCCAGACCUUAGUAUCCACGGUGCUGACCUUUACAGGCAACAGCACUCAGGUUUAUGGCAAAUACAGUCCUUAACAGGUAACAGGUCUGAAGUGCAGGAAAGAGGUCUACGGUUGUGAAAGAGAUGUUUUUGUUUGUUUUUAUGUAAAGGGGUACAGAUGAGGUCGGUAUGAGUGUAGUAGCAUCAGUAUCAAAGGACUAAAGGGGAUAUCUCCUCCAGAAACUCAAACUCGGUGACAUGAAGUCGGAUUAAAAUCCCUUUUCAGUGCUCUAAACUUAAUGUGACUGACAAAGGAUAUCUUAAAAGUGCAGUGCUCUAUUUUUAAAUCUUGUUUCCAGUGAACCCACCAUAAUGUUGUGUUUUUCAUCUGCAGCACUACCCUGUUUCUAAGCUGAUCAAGAGCACACAGAGUUGCAAUUACCAAUUUGACAAUGAGCAACAGCACAUGACCUCUGGCUCCUGCACUGAGAAACACAUCCUCAUCCCCUUCUCACACAAGUAAGUCUUACCUUUACAGAACUGACGAACUGUCCCUUUAAAUCUGCACGUCUCUUAAUAUGUUGUCCUCUUACAGGGGAGAAUACGGAGUUACCAACGUUGGAAAGCAAAAGCUGACCCUGGGGGCAGUUACUCCUCACAACGAGAGAGUCUUUGAAACAAGUAUGUCCUUUAAUUCAGCAGCGUUGGUUUGGUUGAUGGAGGAUUUGUCCCAGGAAGCAACGCUGACUCCUUUUGUCCAUGCUGUAUCGUAGGUAACAUUGUCAAGGGUCUUCACAUGGAGACUGUGGAGGACAAGAGUGUCAUCCAGGAUAAAGAUGCAGGUCUGAGCCUCCUGGGAGAACUGGCCGCUCUGCCUUUGAACGAGGGUGACAGGAGAGCUGACCUCUUCCACAAGCUUGUCGCCAUGGUCCGUGGAAUGAAGGCCGAGACCUUGAGUCCCGCCAUUCCCGAAGCUCUUGCUGUGUCCAAAGUCCUGACCUACCAGGUCCUAGCCCAGUGUGGAACCCCUGAGUGCAGCAGUGCCAUCAUGCAGAUCUUCAGGACCCUUGAUACCUCCUCACUUGAAGUUGAUGCUGGAGUUUUUGCUUUGGGACUUGUGUCCAAUCCUUCUCCCCUGCUGAUCAACGACAUGCUGGAGAUGGCCCAGUACAAGCCCAGCAAACCCAUCUUGUAUGCCCUGAGCAAUGUGGUCAAGAGGUGAGUGACUUUCAGAACUCUGGUCCAGGUUUAGAGUCAUAUUUCAACAUGUCUCCUCCUUUCUUCUACAUCCUCCUCCAAAGGCCUGAAUUGUAAAUCAGUAUUUUCUCUGUCACAGAUACUACAAAGCUGAAGGGAAACUGAUCCCUGAGAUCCAUGCUGUUGCUAGGUUUAUGGCUGGACAGUUGGGUGACUGCUCUGGUGACGCAGAAACCACUUUCAUGACUUUGAGGGUAGGUACCUUUUCCAACAAUCCAACAUUGAACGUAUGAGGAGCACACGUAUCAAACUUACAUGAACAUAAAGAAACAGUAGAAAUGCAAAACUGUCUCUCAACUUUCAAAGCCGUUUUCUGGUUUAGGAACGAUUCAUUAUAUUUAGAGAUGGGGCAGAUAAAUCAAAGAUUCAGUACCUUGGACACUGUUAGGGCCCCUCAAGACAAACAAGCUUUGGCUCCACUUUACCAGAACCGAACAACUGAAAUCCACAUAUUUAGUUGUUGUUCAGCCUCAUGUAGAGGUGGAUUGAGGCAUGUUUGAAAGUAAGAGACAGAAAGUUUGCUGCUCCAGAUCUCCAAUAAGUUACACCACUAGGCAGAAGAAGCAUAUUUCAGCGUCUGGAUUUUGGUUCUUCUUAUUGAACAAUCAUCUUUUUUAAUACCAGGUCAUUGGAAACAUGGCUGCAGCUCUUGGACCUGCCAGUCCCGCACUCAGAGCCGCUGUGAUCCAGUGUGUGAACCACCCUGAAGCUACCCUGCCUGUGCAGCAGGCUGCCAUUCAAGCAUACAGGCUCACCCCUGUCCCUGAAGAGGCAAGUGCAAUUCCUACAACUGCUGAACCCAUUACAGGACUGAUGAUCCAGACUGUGUCCUCAUGUUGUUGAUCUCUGUUGGUUACAGGGCAGAGAGGUUCUCAUGCAGGUGCUUCUCGACAGUGAAAGCCCAAUGCAAAAGCGUGUUGCUGCAUACCUGGUUCUCAUGAAGGACCCCCAGCCCUCUGAGCUGGCCCAGCUGGCAGCUGCCCUCCCCAAUGAGCCAAACGACCAAGCCAAGAGCUUUGUGAUCUCCCAUGUGACCAACAUCUUGUCCUCAACUGAGCCAGAGACCCAAGAGUACAUGAUAAUCACUUACAUUUGACUUUUUUAGUCAAUCGUGUGCUUUGGUGGUCUUCAAAGUCUGUAGGUCAGUGGUUUAACUCUUAGAUGUUUUCUUUUUUUAAACAGACUGAGACAGAAGAUUCUGGAUGCCCUGCAAGGUAAUGAGGUUGGGCCCAUCAUGGACCCCACUAAAUUUUCAAGCCACUUCAAGAUUGGAUCUGUGGAGGGCAACGUGGUCUUUGAGGGUACCAGCUACCUGCCAAAGGAGGUCAUGCUUGACAUGACUCUGAAGGCUUUUGGCUUUGAUAUCGACAUGGUGGAGGUAAAAAAACGAGCUCUAUAAAUUCAAGCUGUGCUUUGAGGUCGUAUUGAUGUGAGCUCAGUAGUGAGUGAGAAAACUGUCCCUUUUUUCAGAUUGGUAUGGAGGGAAAAGGAUUUGAGCCAACUGUUGAAGCCCUGUUUGGAGAGAACGGUUUCUUCCCCGACACAGUCCUGAAGGCCAUGUACUUUGUCUCUGACAACAUGCCACUGGGAGUCAGUGAGGUCCUGCAGAGCGUCAUGCCCGCAUUGAAAAGGGACAGGAUGAAGAGACAGGUAUGCAGAGCAGUCUGUUUGGUGCACAUAACGUACGCUCACAUCUCAUCAAACAAUGACCCUGUUACUGUAAAGGAAAUCUUAAAGAACAAAAGUAUACCUGUACUUUUAGGCAACCCAAAACCUGCUGAGAGACAUCGGACGUAACCUCAACAAACUUGUGAGGGACCUGAAAACAACACCGUCUCCUGAGGCAAUGGUUUAUCUGAGACUUUUGGGUAAUGAGCUGGGGUACCUGAAGACCAAUGAAAUGGAAGAGAUGGUCUACUCAGCUGCCAUGAUGAUUGACAGCUUGAUGAAGAUGUUCCCAGCCGAUGUGAGGAGACUUUUUAUAUUGCGUUUGAAAUAGAGACACUGAUGAUGAAACAGUCCUUUUAUUUCCAGGAUUAAAAAAAAUAAAAAACACUUUUAACACUUUAUUUACAACAGCUGCUGAAGGCGCUGAUUUCCACCGCUGACAACGCAGUCUUUGCCCACUACAUCUUCAUGGACAAUGAAUUCUUCCUGCCCACUGCCACUGGUGUGCCUCUGAGGAUUGCCCUGUCUGGUACUUUCACUCCUGGUGUCCAGGGUGGACUGAAGGUUGCUGCUGACCUGGUGAGUAUGAAACGAUCAAUGCUGAUUGUUUAAACUCAGAUUGAUCUUCAGGGUAUUGAGGAUAUGUGUCAACUGUGUUUCUGUAGAGCGAGAUUGUCUUCAAGCCUUCUGCUGCUGUCGAGUUCGACACUCGGAUCGGUGCAUUCCUCCCUGAAUAUGUCGACUCUGUAUUAGAGAUGCACACCAGCCUCUUCCAUGAGAGUGGCAUCGCUGCCAAAGUGUCCUUUGAAGGAAGCACAGCCAAGCUGACCAUCCCUGCUCCAAUGCAUCCAGUGAAGGUCUUGAAAAUAACGUAAGUUACAAGAACAAGUGAAUAAUAGUGAGCAAAGAAACAUAAGGCAGCUGCACUGUGAUAAGAUAAGUAGCCUUAAGGCAUUUUGAACAGGGGAAAUCAAAUGAUAGCUGCAGGUUUUAUGUGCUUUUAUCAGUGCAGUUAUGGCUUUAUGGAGUGAUAGGGGAUACUGUUGUUUGUCUUUUGGAACAACAACUACUGAGCUACACUUGAAAUCAGCUCAUGUUAUGUUUACACUUUUCUACAUUUGAAAUACAGAAACUAUCUGGUAGCAGUGAGUGGAUCAACUGUGUGGACCAUCCCUCCUGUGGUGACUGACAAGGUUGAUGUUAGUGAGUGCACACCUUUCUUUGCUGGAAUAAAAUACUGCAGUGCUCUGCAGUACACUGAUGCUUCCUCCUCAGAGACAGCACCCUACUUCCCCUUCACUGGAGACAGCAAGUGAGUGAAAUUGUCUGAUCUGUAACAAAGACAUGUUGUUUUAUAAUAUGUUGUGCACUGAUAAGUUGCUAAUCUCUGAAUCUCACUAAACAGAUUUGCUGUGGAGCUCCAUCCCACAGGUGAGGUCAGUGAGUACUCGGCUACUUUAGCGUAUGAGCUGCUAAGAGAAGGAGAAGAAGGUCGGCAGAAGGUCGACUCUGUGAAGUUUGUUCUGAGGGCUGAAGGUAAUGUGCAAUUUAAAAAUUAUGAUGAAUACUCUAUGGUUGUUGAAGAUUCCAGUUUAGAUGAAUAAUCUUACACUUUUGGGUUCAGGUGCAGAGCCCACUGAAGCCAGAGCGAUUGUAAAAUAUAACAGAAGGAAGAAUGUCCUCACAGCCGACCUCCAGAUCCCAGACUACGACCUGGAGGCUGGGCUCAGGCUGGGUGUUGUUGAUGGAAACACCAAGGGCAAAGGAACUCACUCCAUCUCUCUUGACUUAAUCCACAAGAACAUCCCUCAGCUCUCCCUGGUCGGCCGUGCCAGGUAAGAAAUCAUCUCUAAAGGACUGUGACACAACUUUAACUUCACAUUUAUGAUGGAGAUGACUAAAUAACCAAUACAUUUUCAGUCUGAAGGCUAUGCAAGAAGGAAUGCUGCAAGUCCAAGUCCUAGUCCCCUCCUUCAGUGCUGAUGCCGCUCUGACAGCUAACCUGAAGCUUGAGGAAGACCUUCAGUUAGAGCUGGAAAGUAACAUCAACCUUCAGGAAACCACUUCACGGCAGAUAAUUGCAAUGAAAUAUGGUAUGACAUUAUUCAUUAUUUCAGCAUGAUAUCUUAGAUGCUGGUAGAGUUUAUACUGUAGUUGAGUUUAUUUUGUAUAUAUAGAGUUUAUAGUGUAGUUGAUGAUCGGUUGGUCUGGAUUCUGGCUUCUGAGGAUUAUCCGAGAAAUCAUGUCAAACAUUUAUUUACUCUUGUUUCUUUACAGGUACCGGCUCUAUUGAGGUUGAGCUAAAGUCGGAUGUAAAGUCUGAUAUCUUGAACAACCUUCCUUUCACUGACAACAUUAAACAGUUUGGCAAUGAUGUUCUUGAGUUACCAGUGGGGAAAACUGACAAAACAGUCAGUCAACUCAUCAAGACAUUUGUGGAGGUAAGAAUCCUGGAUAUACGUCUGUAUUUUUCACAAUCAGAUUAUCUUAGGCUGUAUCUUGAUGGGAGUAAAAAUUGUUUUUCUAGGCAGCAAACGACCAUCUGGAAGUGUAUGGUGCUGAUAUCCCUUUCAUUCAGAACCUCAGAGUGCCUGAAAUCUCUGAGAUUUCCCUACCAGAGACUCUGUUCCUAAAUACGUAAGCCUGACAUUACUGUGAUCAAUACAUCACUUGGCAUAUCAUUCAAUUGUUCAAUUUCUAUUGACUUUAAUGUUCUCCCUUCACAAAAGUGAGGCCAAGGCUGUCUACUACUUCAACGAUGAGCACUUCACCAUCUCCGUUCCUCUCCCUCUUGGAGGAAAGUCAACAGAGGAGCUGAACUUCCCCCCAGCUUUGACCACACCUCACAUCUCCCUUUUAGGACUGAGCAUCAUGUCCACAGAGAUCCCCAUCCCAGAACUCUUUGUCCCUGAGAGUCUAACAUGCAAUAUUCCUCUUUUUGGCAAAGCUGAAAUUUCUGCUAUGAUGAAGAGCAACCUUUACAACAUGGACGCCUUGAUAGCUGUUGGCAAAGAUGUGGUGGAGACCCCAAGCUUCUCAGCUAAGUUUGAUGUGACAGGAAGCUCUCCCAUUGACAUCCUCUCAAUAAAGAUGGAAGGUAUGUCGUAGUCCACAACUUUGGGGGGGCUUAGCACUCAUUUUAUUACAUUUGCUGGAUCCAGCACAUCAACAAAGUGUUCAUUGACAGAAAAUGACAAAAAUAUAUAAUAAUAUUAGUAGUAAUAUUAAAGUACAUUACAUAAAAGGGACUAACAUUCGUAAUCAGUGUCACUUUCUGUUUCUCAUAAAUAACCAAGGAAUGAACUUGCCACAUUUGUCCAAGAGUCAUUUCAGUAUCUUUGUACCAGUGAUCUUUUAUUUUUUCAUGUUUUGUCAAGGCUCUGGGAUGUUGGCCAUCACUGACGCCAUCAAGGCCAACCUGAAAAGCUCUUUGGUCCAUCAACUUAUUGAGGCCAAUGUUAAUAUUGUUGAGGAAGUCACCAUCGCAGACAAAAUUAGUGUAAAAUCCAGCAGCAAGAUUGAAGCUAACAGCCCCUUGGGUGUUAAUAUUGCACUAGAGCACACUGGUGUGGCAGGAGUCAGCACUGAAGAAAUCUCUGCUGAAAGCAACCUUGAAGGAACGUGGGAAGCUGGACCACUGCGCGGAAAGGCCACAGCAACCCAGGCAGUAAUCAUCGCCCCAUUCAAGCCAGAAGCAAAGAUUGAUUCUAAUGUUCUGAUUGACUCCAGGCUUAUCAAGGCCCAGAAUACCAUUGCAGCAACCUUCAGUAACAGUGAGCUGUCACUGACCUCCGAUACAAACGCCCUGGCUCUUGGUCUGAAGAUCAACAACAAGGCCGAGGCCUCUGCUGGAGCAGGUGAAGUUGUCCUGAGAAUUGAAACAAACACUGACCAGAGUGAAAACCGUGUUUACUCUCUGCUGACUGCUUCACUGGAUGUCAAUGGUCUGGCAGUAAACAGUGAUGCCACCGUGAAGCUCCUUGAGAAUGAGGCUAUUCACAAGGCUGCUCUGAAAAUGAGCAAAGAUGGUUGGAUCGCAAGUGGAACCACCACCCUCCAGAGCCCUCUCGCCCUGGAAAACACCUUCAGUGCUGAGCUUGCUGCUUCAAAGGCUUCUUUGACCAUUAACAACAAGGCUGCCAUCCAGGACAUUAAGGUCGACAAUGCCAACAAUCUGAUCAUCACCCUGUCUAGCCUUGACUUCAACUCAAAGGCUGAAGCUGUCGUCAGUGAGUAUGCCUCAUACACACAUGACAUCACCAUCGACCUCAAACCAGACACAGCUACUGCAAAUGUAAACAACAACCUGAAACUUCUUGGGGCCGAUGUCAUUAAUGAGGCGCACCUCAAAGCUGAGCUCUACAAGAUUGAUCUUACUGGAAACCUGAAAGCCAUCUAUGGUGAGGAGGAGGUCAAACACGCCUAUGAGGUGAAUUAUGCUGAUUUGGCAGCAAGCGCUAAGUGCAGCACGACUGGAAAGCUCUUAGGAACUCACAUGAGCCAAAAUACUGAGCUUGAAGUUAUCGGUCUUGCAGCCAGGAUCGCCAACGACGCCCGCUUCAACUCACAGCCAGUACGCUUUGACCAAACCAUCCGCUGCAGCGUUGCACCUUUUGAUCUCAAUCUUGACGCCAUCUUCAAUGCUGAUGGAGAAAUUACCAUGUAUGGAAAGCACAGCGCCCAGCUCUAUGGCAAGGUCCUCCUUAAAGCACAACCCUUGGCAAUUGCAAGCUCACACGAGUGCCGAGCAUCAGUGACCCAGCAGUUAGAUAGUGGUCUUUCCAUUGAGACAACAUUGGACAACAAGAUGGACAAUGUUCUGUCACUUCAAGAGCAGAAGAGCAAUUUAAGAAUUAAGGCCAAAGUGAAUGAGCAUACCCUCAGCCAGGACUUAAGCAUUUACAACACUGCUGAAAGAAUUGGACUGGAGGCUUCUGCCACCAUCCUCACAAACAUCCUCAAUGGCAACUCCGAAGAAAACCAGGAAGUCACCCUUUCAGGCUUCCUGAAGUAUGACAAGAACACAGACAGCCACGCACUCCAAAUCCCAUUAGUUGAAAACUUGCCUGCCUUGCUUGAAAGCAUCAAGGGCUUAGUCGUGUUGGUGGGAGAGACUCUGCAAGGUGUCAUCAGCAAUGAGGAGGUAAAAGCUGCAAUUGAAGCUCUUCCACAGUAUGCUGUUGACUUUGUUUCUCAGCUGAAUCUAGAGGAGAAAAUUAAUCAAGUGAAGCAGUAUUUGAGUGAUUUAACUCAAGAGUACGCUAUCUCCAUGGAAGAUGUUGAGGCCGUUUUAACAAGCUUGAAGGCAAUUGUUGAAAAGCUCCUUUUCAAACUUCGUGUUCACAUCCAAAGAGUUGUCGAUAUGAUGAAGAAUAUUAUAGUCACUAUCCCUCAAACCUUCGUUGAGAAGACUCAGGAGCUGCUGGAUGUCAUUACCGAGGAAUUUGACAUCAGGGCGAUGGUUAUAUACGUGAUCGAUACUGUCAGAGAUAUGAUUGAGCGGUUCGACCUGGAAAAACUUGAGGGCAGCAGCAUUGAAUUCCUGAAUGACAUUGACACCACAUAUAAAAUCAGGGCUAAACUGCAGAUAAUCAUGAGUUUAAUCAAAGACACAGUGGAGGUUUUUGACAUGCAAGCGUUUGUUGGCAAGCUGACAAAUUUCAUUUCCUCUUUUAACUUUGAAGCUCGCAUCGAUGAACUUGUGAGUCUGAUUCCCACAGAGAUUUUUAGCAGUGUUGCAGAUACUAUCAAAGACUUUGUCAAUGACUUUGAUGUCCUAAAUGAGAUCAGUAAUUUUUAUGCUUACAUAAGAGAACUGAUAGUAAAGUUUGAUGUCGAGGAAAAGUUUCAGGUCAUCUUUGAAAAGGUUGUGAAGCUUAUCAAACAGCUAAAACUCGAUGAAACCGUCCAGGCUUUAGCAAAGAUGUUGAAUGAUGCAGACAUUUCAAGCAAAUUGAUUUACGUCUUCCAAGGAGCAAUUGACUACUUAAAAGUGACUGAGGUUAAGGACAUAAUUGCAGAGUUGAAUGGAUAUAUUCACACUAUUGAGCAGAGACUGGAUUCAGUUGAUUACAAUGAAUUUGUGGCCUACAUAAAUCCAGUGAUCAUUGAAUUCACUGCUGUUGUGAAUGACCUGAUUGAGUCUCUUGAACUCCAACAGAAACUUGAGGCAUUAAGGGACUUAGCCAACCUAGGCUUGUCUUUUAUUCGGGGUACUUUGGCCCAACUGAGAGAAAUAAGAAUCACAGAAAUUGUGCAAAAUGUUAAAGAUACCUUUAACCAAGUUGUCUUGGAUAAUCUGAUGAAAUUUGCAGAAAAUAUAAAGCGAGAAAUUGGAAACCCAGAUAUAAAGAUUAAAAUUUCUUCCUAUCUGCAGCUGGCUUCAGAGUAUUACACCGAGUUCAUAACUUUUGCAUCAGAUAUAUUUUCUAGUGUAGCUACGGUCGUUAAGAAGCCGAAAAUUGUCCAAGAGGUGUUGCAGAUCAUUGAAGGGCUUAUUGCUGGUCUACAGAAAGCUGAAAUGAGCACCCCCACCUUCACUAUUCCCCUCACUGACCUUAUCGUGCCAUCUAUCAAAUUCAGCAUUGAUAUGCUUGACCAGUUUGAAGUCCCACAAGAGCUGCAUGUCCCGGAGUUUACCAUCUUGGGUUUCCACACUGUGAAAGCCACCACCAUCACCAUGGAAGACAUUCAACAGGGAUUCAUUGACUUGGUUACCUAUCUUUUCAACCUCCAGAUGAAGCUCUUUGAUUCAGUUGCUAGAUUUGAAAGUCUGACCAUGAGCUAUAUUCCCACUUUGCCAGAGUUUUCACUUCCAGGAAUGACUAUACCCCAGUUCUCCUUCCCCACUCUUCCUCAAGUUCAAGCAGAAAAACUAGUGACGACUCUUCAACUUCCACCAUUCAAGCUGCCAAAAAUUCCCACUGAGGUCACGAUUCCAGCUCUUGGAAAAGUGAGUUAUGAGAUGAAAGUCAUCACCCCCAUCUACACUUUGAUGAAUGUUGCUGAAAUCCAGAACUCUCUUGACUUGGACAGGACUCCUCAGCUGACAGCUUUUCUGACCUCCCAAAGUACAUCGACCAGCUUUGAAGUCCUCAACUUUAACCUGGACUCUACUGCACGGAUUGCCAUUCCCACAGGGGGUUUGAUUGCUGCAGAGACCUUUAAGUUCACUCACAGUCUAGUGAUGGUGGACCACGAUGUGUCACUGACAUUUUCUGACUUCUCUGCCCAGGUCUCAGCUAAGACCACAGUUAAGUCCACCACAGAACCUUACAAUGCUGAGUUUUUAAAUGAAGCUUUUUUGGCUACCAAUGGGGGUAUCUCUGCCACCAUGGACACUUCUUAUAAACAUGUGCUUGACCUACCUGUCGUGGGCCUUACAGGUGAGACUUCUGUAACACAGAAGGCUGUUGCUCGCCAAGAAGGUGCCUCUAUCAUGAUUACUAUAGGUAAUCAGGGUACUGCUACUCUUAACUCGCUAGAAAAUUCUCUCAAGAGUGACCUCCAAGUCUCAGUCAACCCUAGUCUGCAUGACAUGAAGCUUGAGCUGAAGGCAACCCAAAGCACAGAUUUAACCGGUGUGGUCAAUGGAGCCCUGAACAACGUGGUUGACAUCACUCUUCGUCCCAGGGAGGUUUUGGUUAGCCUGCAGAAUAAGGGAAACUCGAAGGUGGUUUUGCAUGAUGCCCUGACUGUCAAAAUUGACCUGCAGAAUGAUUACUCUGCAGCCUUUAGGCCGGACACACAGCAUGUGAACACUGUGGUUGUGGCUCGUCUAAAUCAGUGCAAAGCAUUCUGGAACUUCACUGUAGAGAACACAGAGAGUGAGGUCACCAUCCUUGCUUUUGUCGAAGGAGAAGCAAACCUUGAUUUCCUAACCAAGCCCAUCACAAUUCCCGAGAUCACCAUUCCUUUGGUUGAUCUGCAAACCCCAGCUAUAAGAGAUCUGAACUUGUAUGAUCAAAUUGGACUGAGAUACAUUUUGACUCCCACUGAGCAGACUGUGAAUAUGGGCGCCAAAAUAAUGUAUCAGAAACGCCAAGAUCCCGCCCAUGUUGGGAUGACCCAGCUUCCCCCUUUGGGUAACCUGAUCACAGAUGUAACUUUCAAGUCUGCCAUCAUUAACCUGAAUGUCAAUGCUGGGCUGUCCACUGAGGAUGAUAUUGUUUUACGUCUGGGAGCCACCACAGCCUCUGUGUAUGAAAGUCUAGAAGCUAAACUUGAUGGUACUACAAGUCUCACAACUACAAGAGGAAUCAAGCUGGCCAAUUCCUUGUCCCUGGAAAAUCCUCACAUUCAAGGAACUCAUGACAGCACCAUCAGUUUGGGCACUGAGAUGCUUGAACCUGUAGUCUCUGUGGCCACAGUUGCAAAGAUUGCCCUGCCCAUCCUCAACCUGGAAGCAAACCAAAAUCUGGUGGCCAACACCAAAACAAAACCAAAUGCUGCAUCCACCUGGACUGUGAAGGGUGACUUCAACAUUCCUGUGAUUAGGGCUGUUGGGAAGGCAGAGGCAGACCACAAGCUGAAGCUGGAGGGAACCUUUGACUUUGUUUCCGUGGAGUCAUCCACAGCGGCAAGGCUGGAUGGUACAGUGCUGGAAGACUAUCUUCUUCUGGGAGUGGUUGAUAAUGAGGCCAAUGUGUAUCUCAACUCUGAUGGUCUGCGAUCCAACAUUAAACUUAUUGCUGAUACCAAGCUUGAACAAGGAACUACCAAAGUCAUCGGCCUGGAGGUAAAUGAAAAUCUUGAGGUUGAAGCCUCCCUGAGUCGUGUGUAUGCAGUGCUGAAGUUGGCGAGCACCAACGAAGCAAACUUGUUUGAUUUUAGCACCAAUGGAAAGCACACUGCCCAAGCAACAGUAGAUCUUGUGCCAGCCGCUUCACUGACUGCUGAUAUUGAGAUCGACCUGUCUCAGCCAACCAGCCUUGGUGACUUCACCAUCUUUGAGAAAAUAGUUGCUGAAGUGACAGCUGCCACUCAGAAGAUAUCUACAAACACCAAGUUCAUCAGUCCAGUGUACACCACCAACCUCUCUGUAGAGUUUGAUGGCAAUGCUCCAGUAUUCAGGGUCGACUUUAGGUCAUCUGCCACCUCUGCCAUUAUCUUUUUGGAAUAUGACUUGGACAGUAAGUUUCCUUCUUAGUGCAUACUACAGAUUUUUAUGUUAAAUGUAAAUAUACAUGUAUAUAUAUUUAUAUAUUUUAACCAAAGUGCAUGUCCUCAAACAGCUUCUGUUACCCUCAAUCUUGAGGAGGAUGCUGGAGUAAGACUGACUGGCAAAGGGCUUUUCACACACACUGAUCUGACCAUGGAUUUUCAACACAUCCUUUCCCACACACUGAGGUAAGUUUAGAUAUGCUCCGAUCUUUCUGUGGUACGUUUGGUUUUCAUAACUAAACUUGCUCCUCCACCAGAACACCUACUUUUUCAGGAAGAGGACAGACUUUGUUUUGUGUAAUUAUUCCAUGUAAAAUCAUUUCCUGGCAAAAGUGACUGAUGUCUUCCUUCUUCUACAGUGACUCCCGUCUCACCUUUAGUGUGGACAUAACAAGCCCCGCCUUCACUGACAUAAAUGUGCGUCACGCUUUCCGCAAAGAUGGAAUUAGUUGCUCUAUUUCGAUCCCAUCUACUGGCUUCCUCGGCCUUCAGCUCCAUGGCAGGAUCCCAACUCAGAUGAAUAUCAGGCUUUAUAGCCGUUAUGCUGUGAGUGAUUCACUGCAGUUUCUACAUUUGCACAUUGAUAGUCAUGUUAAGUUUUGUGUCUCAUUUUAUAUUUUUUUCUGUUUGACAGUCUGAUCCAGGAAAGGACGUUGAAAUCAUCAAUGUUCGAGCUUCUGUCAAGGACACGUAUAAAAUGAAUCUUAAGAUGGUGAUCAACAUGGAGGUUCCUGACAUUGUGCUCAGCGGACUUCAGGAAAGGCUUCCUGCUAUGACCUCUAGCAUGUCUAGCUUUAAUGAGAAAUACCAUCUGUCCAGACAUGCUGCUCAGCUGAACAACCAUAUCAUCUACUACAUUGAGGAGGCCCACAACAUUGCAUAUGACCACGCCCCUGAUCUGAGUCACGUGUCCAUUCUCUUUAGGAACACUGUUGUUCAGUACCAUGAGACUCUUCAGGUACUCCUGGACGCUACUAUCAAUUUCCUGAGAGAGACCCAGGUCCGGUUGCCUGGGUCCCAGGAGACGUCUCCUCUCAUCGAGGUGCUCAACAUGAUGACCACCAGUAUUACUACUUGGCUUGAGAAAACAUUCAACUUCGUGGCUGUUAACACAGAAUCUGCUUUCAAUGUUGUCAUUGACACUUUCAGUGAGAUACAAGUCACAAUGCCCACUGGUGAAGUGAUGGCGAGCGCCAAAGUCAUUGACAACAUGAGGGAGAGGGUAGGGAUUAUGUUCGACCACAUUCUGAGUCUUUUGAAAGACCCACAGAGUCUAGAUCUGGUCCUGGAAAACUUGGGGGGCACGCUUAGACUUUAUGUGGACAAAUUUCAGGAUCUUGUUGACAACACUCUGAGGUCUGAUGCCCUCGAUGCCCUCGCUGCCUUUAUUAACGCUUUCUAUAAGGAACACACGAGACUGAUGAAAACAAUCACCAAGUCUGUGAAGACAGCUCUGGACCCUGAGUUUAUAAAGGCCACCAUUGAUUACAUUAUUGAUAUUUGCAGAUCUACAGUCAAUCAAUUCAACCAAACCAUUUCUGACUACCUCAACCAGGCCACAGCUCAGAUCAAGUUUUACGUAAGAAUGAAAGGAAACAAGCUGGAAAUGAAUUUCUGA